UGUGCGGCGGCCGCGGGGAGCGAAAAUGGUGAAGCUGACGGCGGAGCUCAUCGAGCAGGCGGCGCAGUACACAAACGCCGUGCGGGACCGGGAGCUGGACCUGCGCGGAUAUAAGAUCCCUGUGAUUGAGAACUUGGGUGCUACCUUGGACCAGUUUGAUGCUAUCGAUUUCUCUGACAAUGAGAUUCGGAAGUUAGAUGGGUUUCCUCUGCUGAAAAGACUGAAAACAUUGCUAAUGAAUAACAACAGGUUAAGCCGAAUAGGUGAGGGACUUGAACAGUCUUUACCAAAUCUCAAGGAGCUCAUUCUUACCAACAAUAACAUCAUGGAAUUGGGUGAUCUAGAUCCUUUGGCAACUGUCAAAUCACUAACAUAUCUGAGUAUUUUAAGGAAUCCAGUGACAAAUAAGAAGCAUUAUAGGUUGUAUGUCAUCUUCAAGGUCCCACAAGUCAGAGUCCUGGAUUUCCAAAAAGUGAAAUUAAAAGAGCGUCAGGAGGCAGAGAAAAUGUUCAAGGGCAAGCGGGGUGCACAGCUUGCAAAGGAUAUUGCCAGGAGAGCAAAAACUUUCAACCCAGGUGCUGGCUUGCCAAGUGACAAAAAGAAGGUGGGCCCCUCCCCAGGAGAUGUGGAGGCUAUUAAGAAUGCCAUUGCUAAUGCCACAACACUUGCUGAAGUAGAGAGGCUGAAGGGUCUGUUGCAGGCUGGUCAGAUACCUGGCAGAGAUCGUAAAGCAGGCCCUAUGGAUGAGGCUGAAGAAGAGAUGGAGGAAGAUUCAAUUGCCAAUGGAUCCUAAAAUGCAUUUUUCUGCAUCUGGGAAGUCUGCAGAAUACUCUGUACCAUUGUCUGUCAAAGCCUUUUGAUUGAUUGCUGAAGUGGAAUUAUUAUUUUUUGUAGUUUUUGUUCAGAAUCACUCUUGUUAAUUUUUUAUACUGUACAUUUUGAAGUAAAAUUAAAACUUUUCCUAAAUGCAGCAUAA